AGGGAGCGCCCUGGCUUCGAGCCCUGGAUUGGCGAGCCCGGGCUCGCUGCCCACAGUGCUGGGGCGCCGGGAUUGCUCCAAGAGCUCGGCCAAGAGCGUCAUGCAACGCAAUCAGCCGAAUCAGAUUGAUGAAGCUGCGAUUUCUCACAACUUUUCACCCAGUUCGCCUCAGUCGAUGUUCUCCCGAGCAGGGCGGAGUCUGUGGGCGCGUCGCUGGGGUGGGCAGGACUCCGACGAAGGCAACGAGGCCGCUGCCUCGCGAGAAUCGGCGGAUGCGGGCUUCGCUGCUCGCAAGUGGAGUGUCGGAGUGAGGACAUUGCUCCAGUUGAAUGAUGGUUCCUACAGUCAUUGGCUGUCCUUCUCUGCCUUGUCCAGCGUGUUGCUGACCGUGACCGCGCUCUACGCGGUGUUCCUUGCGCCCCGCGACGACGCGGCCACCAUCGCCUGGCGUAUGACCCGGCCACAGCGGCCCUCGGAGGAGCUGGGGUGCAGCACGGUUGACCAUGUCGGCUUCUACGCAAUUUUGAUCGCUUCCGCGGUUGCAGGCACCGCAGCCUGCCUGAUGUACCAAAAUGCCGGCAGCUCCUCGCACAUCCUCUCGGCCGCCGGUUACGCGCUGCUGAACUGGUUCCAGGGCAUGGUGGGUGCUGUGCUGCCGGCCCACGAGCGCGCGAAGAGCGGGUGUGCCUACGGCAUGCUGCACCAGACCUUUGCACCACAGGAGUUGAGCAAUUACGACGACAACGACUAUUAUAAAGAGUACUACGGCGUCAUCAUCGUACGGACCCUGCUGUUCCUCGCUGGGCUGAUUUGGAUGCAGCACUUGAUGGUGAGGAGGG